AUGUCGAGUGCUACUAAUAAGUCUAAUUCUUCCAAUUUGCCAAAUUUACCCGGUUUGUCAAAUUUACCGGUUUUGCCUAAUUUACCAAACGUACCAGUUAUCCCUAAUGCGUCAGGUAUUCCUAACGCCCCAGGUAUUCCUAAUGCGCCAGUUAUUCCUAACGCCCCAGGUAUUCCUAAUGCGCCAGUUAUUCCUAAUGCGCCAGGUAUUCCUAACGUACCAGGUAUUCCUAACGUACCAGGUGUUCCUAACGUACCAGGUAUUCCUAACAUGCCAAAUAUACCAAAUAUGCUUAAUAUUCCCAACAUGCCAAGCAUACCCAAUAUACCAAGCAUUCCCAACAUACCUAAUAUUCCUAACGCACCUACCAUGUCUACCCCCACCAACCAUAAUAUGACAAAUCAGACAAUGAAUAACUCCCAUUUUAUGAAUAACAACUCGAUGAAUCAAGUUUCUAUGCCAUAUAUAUCUGGUUUGAUGACAAAUAUGAACACACCUGAUUAUUAUGCUAAGAACUUAAUGCAUAUGAAUUCUGGAUAUGAUAAUUACAAUUCAUUAAUAUAUGGACAAGCAAAUAAUAAUAUGAAUGUACCAUUACCACCAAACAGUUUAGACAAUUUUAAUGAUAUGACAAUGCAUAUGAACAACCCUAAUAUUAUGAAAAUGUACAAUAAAGAUUUUAUGGGAAAUAAUUCUCAUAAAAUUAUGAACAACCACUUAAUGAAUUUACGUAACAAUGUGAAUAUAAAUUACAUGAAUAAUUAUAAUAUAGAAAAUCAUGGAUGGUGUGAAAUGAUUGCUAAAAAUGGUAGGAAAUAUUAUUACAAUUCUAUAACGAAAAGCUCAAAAUGGGAAAAACCAGACGAACUAAAAACUAAGGUAGAACUAAAAAUUUCACAGCAAACAAAGUGGAAAGAAUAUUCUUGUAGUGAUGGCAGGAAAUACUGGCAUCAUGAAGAAACAAAUGUUAGUGUGUGGGAUGAGCCAGAAGAAAUUAAAAAAAUUAAAUUAGAAUGUGCUGCAGAGGAAGAAGAAGAGAACGGAAAAGGUGAUGCAGCAAAUCGAGCUCCAACAGGUAGUCAAAUGGGUAGUCUGUCCGGUAGUCUGACAAAUGCUUUGUCGGGUGAUCUAACGAAUGGUCUUCUGAGCGGUCCAACAAAUGGUCUAACAAAUGAUCUGCAAAAUAGGGGUAAUAAUCUCACAUCAGAGAAUCCGUUAAUUAAUGGAAAUUCCGAAUUCAACAGAAUGAACAAACAAUGUAGCAUCGUUAACAACGCAGUGGAUCAUCUUAAAGAGGGAGGGUCAAGCAUAGAAAUAAAUAGAAAUACAUUCCUGAAUAGUAAUGAUAUUGAUGAAACGAAUAAAAACAAAAUAAAUAAUAAAAGGAAUAAUAGUAUGAUAUGGGAAAAAUUUGAAAAUAAAAAUGACGCAAGGGAACAUUUAAAAAUUCUGUUCGAGGAAAAAAAUAUAAAUCCAAAAUUGACAUGGGAAAAUGCGUUAAAAAUUUUGGAAAGCGAUAAUAGAUGGUUAAGUUUAGUUAUAUUAACCAAGGGAGAAAAAAGGCAAAUGUUUUCUGAAUAUGUCAGUCAUGCUGUUAAAAGGGCUAACGAAAAUGAAAGAAGAAAACGACAAAAAUCAAGGGAAUUAAUUUUUCAAACACUAUUAUGUUGGGAUAAAUUAAAUGAACAAACAACAUAUGUAGAAUUUGCUAGGGAAUUCUAUAAUGAAGAAUGGUUUGAUUGGAUUACAGAAAAAGAAAGAGAUGAAAUAUUUCAAGAUUUUUUAGAUGAUUAUAAACAUAAAUUUAAAGAAACUCGAAGGAAAAAAAGAAAAAAAACAUCAGAAAAUUUAAAAGAAAAAUUUCAAGAAUACGCAAAUAAAAAUAAUCCCCUAAAAUGGAAGGACGUUAAACUUUAUUUUAAGGAUGAUGAAGAUUUUAAUUCUUUACAUAAAAUUGAUGCUUUAGCAUCUUGGGAAAGUUUUUAUGAAAAAUAUCAUAAUGAAGAAAAGAUGGAACUUAAAAAAAAGGUUUUCCGAAUUUUACGUAAAAAAAGAGAUGCUUUUAUUGAAUUAUUAAAUGAAUAUUAUGAAAAAAACGUCUUAAAUAUGAAAACGCAAUGGAUUUAUUUUGUCUCUAAAAUUUAUAAAGAUGAGCGUUAUACAGAUUUAUUAGGACAACAAGGAUCUUCACCAAGAGUAUUAUUUGAAGAAUUUAUUGACACCCUACAGGAACAAUAUUUGAGACAUAAAUCGUAUAUAAAAAGUGCAUAUAAAGAAAUGGCUUGUACAGUAGAUGAAAAUACAACUUUUGAAGAAUUUUUACAAUUUUUUACAAAUGUACAAAACAAAUAUAAAAUUACACACACAAAUAUGAAUUUUAUAUAUCUUUCUCUACAAAAAAAAAUAAAAGAAAAAAAAAAUAAAGAGUUAAAAAAUAUUAACAAAGUAGCUAAAUUUUUAACCAAAUUUCCUGAACUUAAAAUACACAUGCCAUACAAUAAAGUAAUUAGUAUCAUAAAAACAUCGAGAAAAUGGGGUGUGGUUUGUGAUUUAUGUCCCAAAGAAGAGCAAAAAGUAGCUGCUUAUAAUAUAUGGAAAUCGUUUGCAAAUUCAAAAAAAAAUGGCAUCUCCACUGAUUCAUUAAAUUCAAAUUCAAAUAAAAAUUUUAAAAAUACAAGAAGAAAAGGAUCUAUAAGAUCAAGUGAAGAGGAAUAUGAAGAAGAAUAUGAAAACAAAGCAAAUUUAAAAUACAGGAAAUAUUCCAGAGAAGAUUCUGACUCAAGUGCACAAACAAUCGAAUCCUUGCGAACUAUUGAUCAUAAUACGUCCAACUAG